AUGGAUAUGGGCAUUGACAUCACGCGCCGCAACAAGAAGCCGCGACCCUUGUCUGAGUCAGAGAAGGACAAGCUGGAUGAGUUUGUCGAGAGCAUCCACUAUUCCGCACGGUACUCGGACAGCGAAUAUGAAUACCGUCACGUCCAGCUGCCCAAGCAAAUGCUCAAGGUCAUACCGAAGGAGUACUUUGACGGCUCCAGGGGAACGCUGAAGCUGCUAUGGGAGGAGGAAUGGAGAGCUCUGGGAAUCACUCAGAGUCUGGGGUGGGAGCACUACGAGGUCCAUGAGCCAGAGCCUCACAUACUUCUCUUCAAGCGACCGAUCAACUACCAGCCUCCGAUGCAUUGA